AUGGACUCAGUUUUUCCAGCUGGGGGCUAUCAGCUACCCAUGCACCGGCGACUAAGCCGGCUUUAUAACGACACCAAGAAGUCAUCCGACUUCCUCACCCAACCCGUUCAAAAUGCCGAGGACCCUGACAUCAAGGCCCUUCACAGGAAGCUGCGAAUCCAGAAGGAUCGGUUCGUAAGCUGGGGAAUGGAAUGGUCCGAUCCAAGCCAGACCGAAGAAAUCGAUGAGUCGCUCUCCAAGGCCGGUCUGAGCGAGGUCGUCGGCAGCAUUCUCUCGACUAUUCACGAUAUUGUCGCCGAGGCCGAGCCACUAUGGCAGAGCUCAAAAGCCCUUGUCAGCGGCGGUAAGGCGUCCGAAAAGUCUUCAGGCGACAAGAAGAUUCCAAUCGUCGCAUGGGACAAAGGCCGCUUUGAGGAUCUCAUUCGCGACCUCACCACCUCUGUCGACACGCUCUACGACUUGUCUAGAACCCGCUCUUCCGGCGCCUUUUCUGCACCGUCAAGCCGUACGAAGCUCUCCAAAUCCACGGCAUCCGCAGAGGAUCUGCGCUCGUUCGAGUCGACUCGCAUGCAAACACCCCAACAAAUCGACCCAUCGUCACUGACCAACCUGAACUCCAUGCCCAUUACCCAAUCCGCCGCUACUCGGGAUAUUGUUUUGAUGAGCAGACAGGCCUUGGCGACCAUUGGAAAGCAGAUCGGGCCCCAGCCAUCCGGCCCUCUCCUUCUCGAAUUCGCCGAGUUCGACCCCGUCUAUGCCACCACUGGCAUCAUGCCCCCCAUGGCUCGUUUCGAAAAACUCUCAGCAGGCUUGCAGCGUGAGUCGCAAAGAGCUCCCGGUGCUUGGACAGGACUGCCCCGACUACUGGGUUACUUUGAAGAUCUCCAAUACUCCCGCCUUGGUCUCGUCUAUCAGUUUCCGCCCACCUUCAAUGCCAUCCGUCAGGACAGCAACACCCGUAACCCCGUGGACAACCUGUGCACACUGAACGAUUUACUGAUGCGCCCGGACUUCGAACCCAGACUGGAGGCCAAGUUCCGCCUAGCCAACAACCUUGCCAAUACCGUCUUCGACCUUCACGCGCGCGGCAUCACCCACGGAAACAUCCUUGACCGCAACGUCACGUUCUGUAACACACAUAACCCUGACAGGCCGGACUCAACAAGUGAGGUCGACAUUCGCCGGCCUUUGAUUUCUUCAUUUGAUCUCUUUCCGGAUGCGCCAUCUGAUCAUGAGGAGGUUCCGUUCAUCCAACUCUAUCGCCACCCUCUGGACCCUCGCACGGCACCUGCUGGUCCAAUCACCGACCGGACGGACUCGAGGAUCCUCGACCUGUACUCACUGGCCAUGAUCUUGACGUCCAUCGGGUUAUGGACACGCCUGGAAUACCUUGUGCCAGACCCGCUGUCGCCCUCCAUUCCGGAAUCCAUCCUCGAACAGCUUGCCAUUCGCUGCGGCACCCUCUAUGUGAAGGCCGUGCAGGUUUGUUGGGAUGCUGUUGAUCAGGAACUCGCCGGCAAGGUCGUUGGCGAAGAGCUCUUGGCCAAUGUUCAGGUCAAGGCAAGCCGUUACCUGGAGGCAUGCUGUAUCUUGGACGGCGUCAGCGGCCUGGACGAGCGUCUUGGUCGGGAUCUCGGCGACACGACAUCCUCAAUCUUGACGCAGGCUUCCCAAGCAGGCCCGGCGACCCAGAUUCAGGCCGCGCCGGAUGAGAUGAAGGUCCAGAUCGCUCGUGUUCCCGUUCCGGCACCAGCGCCUGCCAUGGAUUCCGAGAAAGCUCUUCUUGCGAAGCGCGACGCUGAACGUAAGAACCCUUCUCCCCAUGCACUACAAAGUCCACAUUUUGAGAUUUCGACAGUCGAGCAAUCCUCGGUCAAGCCUUCCAAGCAGCGCUUGUACCCUAAUGUGCCACUCUCCCCUGAUGCCAUUGAAAAGUGGCACACGACCGUCAUGCCGCAGGUCAAUCAGGCCUUGCGUCAUUUCUAUCGCAAGUAUCCCGAAACUGUUGAAAUCUCCCUCGAGUCUAUCGGCGUCUCGCCUCAGAAAACCAAACCUACCGUCCUCGUCGUUUGCACCUCCGUCAGCAAGGUCAAGGCGAUCCUCAAACGCAAGCUCGGCGAGGUAUUCGAGGCUGGCAAUGAGUUCGGCCUCAAGGUCUGCAAGGGCCAGAUCGUGCUGUCCCGAAAGCAAGCGGGCGAUUCAAAGCGCAGCAUGACCGUAGAAGGCAGUGACGGCGGAGAAACGACGCCCGCCAAUCCUAGCUAUCAAGAGUGCCCAAAUAACGGGGCCAGCAUUGGUGCCUGGAUCGGGGACCGUCACCUGCCUCCUGUCAGUUUCGGCGGACUCGUCAUCGUGGACGAUAAGCCUUACGGCAUGACAGUGCAUCAUAUGCUCGACGAUCCAGACCAGGACCGAGCCCCUCAGAAAGACCUUGCCGAGUCAACCCACAGAAGUAUGGCGAGACCAGACGACAUGUCUCUCCAGAACUUCUAUGCUGACUCUGCCGAUGACAGUGGAUCUGAGGACGUCGCUUGCGAGUUUUCGGACAGCGACUCGGAAGCAUCCGAGACGGACAUCACCAGCGACACUUCGGAUGACGAGUCCGAGAGCGACGACGGAGAUUACGGCCAGCCCGGCGAUAUUCCCGGCGUUGAGCCUGGUUGCGGAGAGGGAUACGUCGUGACGCAGCCGGCCAUGGACGACGUCGACAACGACUUUUACCCUUGCGCAGAGACAGCCGACGAGGAUCACCUUGACUCGUAUAGCCUCGGAGAGGUCUACGCAUCGAGCGGGAUACGACGCCGUGAGCAGGACGGACUCGUUCAUGAGAUCGACUGGGCGCUCUUUGAAUUUCAUGAAGAGAGGCUACCCGACGACAACUCUAUCCCUCACUUCAAAAAAACGACCAAGAAGGACGCCACAGCGCCAACUGGAGAUAAUUUCAUGCGUCCGAUGGACGUGACACCGUCCUCCGCUCUGCCCGGUCUAGAGGUUCAGUGUAUCGCGCGCACAAGUGGUCUGCAGUCGGGCCGAAUCUUGCCAGCCAUGGUCAGCAUUAGGAUCUACGGUCGCCAGUCACCCAGCCACUCGUACCAAGUCACCAGCGGGAUGGCAUCGCCGAGCAUGGGCAUCCCGGGCGACUCAGGCGCGUGGAUCAUGGAUCGCGAGAUGGGGCGCGUGUGUGGCCACGUGCUGGCCUGGAGCCAGCGUAAAAUGGUGGCGUACAUCUGCCCCAUGGAUGUGCUGCUUCUUGACAUUGCCGAGACGCUCGGCGCAGAAACUGUUCGAUUGCCUGGCGGUGAGCCCAUUGUGCGAAUCAUGAACGCCGAGGAGCGUUUCGCGCAGUACGGCGACGGCGACGAACUGGGAAGCUCACCCUUUCUGGACCCUCGCGAUGACGAAGACCUAGGCGAUCUUCUGGGGGAGGACGAGGGCGAGGCACCCAUACUGGCGCGCUCGCAGGCGGCGCGUAAGGGAAACGGCGACAAGGGCCGCGUGGCGCACAGCGAAAAAGGAAGAGCGAGUUACGAUAAAGCUGCCGACGCGUCAACGGGUGACGUGACGAAGGCUAUGGAGUCGGUAGGGAUUGGCGGCGGGCGAUUAGGCGUCGGGAUGUGCAGCUGA